AUGUUUUCGGAAAUGGACAAUAAAAUGACAAAACUGGGUCUUUUAUCCUACGGUAUUUCCGCCACCACACUGGAGGAAGUUUUCAUCAAAGUGGCGGAGGCAGACGACGAGAAUCAUCAACAUACAUUGGGCUACAGACGUGCGGAGUCUAAGGAGAUCGACGCGGUGGUUCUACAGACAAGUGGGGUGUUUGUGUCGCACUUAAGAGCGUUGCUUCUCAAACGUUUCCAUCAUGCCAAACGCGAGAAAAAGAUGAUUAUGUACACGACUUUGUACCCAAUUCUACUGCUACUGGCGGGGCUCAUCAUCUUGAAGAGCAGCGGAACCACUUCGGAUGACCCCAACUUGGUACUGAACACGAGUGCGUAUGCCUCGGACAAUGCGACAACGACGCCGUACUACUGCCAAGUUCAAAAGGAUCAGUGGUGUUCUGAAGUCUUUGGCUCGCACUUCUCGGGUGCUAGCGCUCAGGAGCUGGAGAUUGCGUCUCCUGCGUACGAUUCCAACGCUCCGACGGUGUUUGACGUGACUUACUCCGAUCCAGAGAUCAACGCGACGGGCUCUUCUGGGUACGAGCUUCGGAUGGGUCAAAAACUGUACGACCGAAGCUACGGAGGCCAGAGCGACUUAAAGCACGGACAGUACGGCGCGUACUUGGUCUACGGAGACAGCAGCGAGCAGAUUUUCGGCUACAAUCUGCUGGUCAACACGACGGCGACGCACGCUCCGAUCAUCUUCAACGCGCUGAUGGAUCAAGCCAUUUACCGGUUUUUCGCAGUAAAUACCAGUGACGAUGUGGACUUGACGGUGAACAACCAUCCGCUGCCGCUGACUGCAGCGGCCAAGGCGCUUUUUGGCUCCUUCCUGGCGUUCAGCGCCUGCGUGUUCGUGUGCAUCUCGUUCUCGUAUUUCCCGCUCCCCGUGGUGCACCAACAGCUGGUCUCCGGUGUGUCGCUCCCUGCGUUCUGGCUGGCGAAUUAUCUCUGGGAUCUCAUCAUGUACGUGGUGCCGUGUAUCGCGGCUCUUGUCCUGAUUAACGCCUUCGAUAUCUCGGCGUUGACGGGCAAUUCCGAGUGCUCCAGCUGCACUUCGGACACGUUUCCGGCGGAGCACGCGGCGUCGCAGACGUCUACGAUGAAGAUCAACUUCCUCUUGGGCGUUGUCUUAAUGAUCGUAUCGUACAUUCUGGACGUGAUCGAGUCGACGAAAUCGGUGAAUUCGGUGCUGAAAUUCGUGUGGAGAUUGUCGCCUCUGUUCGAUCUCGGCAACGGAUUAUUGUCUUUGGUACUGAACGAGCUGGAUACGCUUCAGGACGGCACGACAGAGAAGAAAAAUCCGUUUAGUACGGAUCUUAUGGGUGCAGAGAUGAUUUAUCUGGUGCUCACAACGAUCCUCUUCUCGGCUGUGGUGUUGGCGAUCGACUACGAGGUGAAAAUCCCUGGUUUCCGAAGGUAUAAUACCGGUUUACAAUCGCGAGUGGUAAGCGGUGGAGUAGACAACGAAGCGGUGAAAGUAUCCGGACUUCGAAAGGUCUACAAAGGAGGCAAAGUAGCGGUGCGAGACUUGUCUUUUGGCUUGAAACGCGGCGAAUGUUUUGGCUUCCUGGGUAUCAACGGAGCUGGUAAGACGACGACCAUGAAGAUGCUCACAGGAGACGUGCAACCUAGUAAGGGAACGGCAACACUGGGAGGCUUCGACAUCCUAGCGCAGCAGCUCGAAGUGCGACGUCAGAUCGGCUACUGUCCCCAGUUUGAUGCGCUCUUUGAGUGUAUGACUGUGCGUGAACAUUUGGAGUUGUUCGCAGCGAUCAAAGGAGUGUCCAGACAAGACACGGAGAUUGUGGUAACCGAGAAGAUCCAGCAGCUGAAUCUCGCAGACUUUGAGCACAAAUUGGCUGGCAGCUUGAGUGGCGGUAACAAGCGCAAGUUGUCGGUGGCAAUUGCACUCAUUGGCAGUCCUCCGAUCGUGUUCCUGGAUGAACCUUCUACCGGUAUGGAUCCGGUAUCUCGUCGGUUUAUGUGGGAUGUCAUUGCAGACAUCUCGACUCGAGGCAAAGAAUCCACGAUUGUGUUGACCACGCAUAGUAUGGAGGAGUGUGAAGCCUUGUGCUCGAAAGUUUGCAUCAUGGUCGGAGGUCGAUUGCGGUGUUACGGGAGUGUACAGCAUCUGAAAUCGAGAUUUGGAGACGGUCUGGUGUUCGACACGAAGUUUGACUCGGUCACUGCUGAAGAGCUGGAAACUCUGGUUCAAAAAGUGUUUGGAGGGGGUGAGAGCUACGUGACAUCGGCGGAUCUGGAAGAGAAGUGCCGCGUCUUUGGUAAUACCGAGCUGGCUGCGUGUAUCACGGCUUCGCAUCCGACUGGUUACAGUCUGGCGGCCGCGAUGGAACGCGACGGCUUCAUCCGAGCCGAGGCGUUUUGCUCCUGGUGUGUGGAGGAGACACGGUUUGGAGCUUUGAGCGACUUUUUACGACAAGCGUUCGGAGAGGAGGGAGUGGCUGUGCUGGAGCGACAGAACGACUUUUGUCGCUUCAAGGUGCGUGGCGACGUAAUACUCUCGAGAAUGUUUGCGCUUAUUGAAGAGAUCAAGACUUCGAUGCACAUUCGGGAGUACAGUGUAUCGCAGACGACGUUGGAGAAGAUCUUUAACUCGUUUGCAAGCCAACAGGAGGAAGAGCAGGGUGUUGCUCGAGGGGUGCUCCAGGGAGUUUAG